GGGAGAGAGAGAGAGGGAGAGAGAGGAACCUGUUUGUGUGGAUCUUCCUUCAGGAACAGAAGAGAACAACAGCAGGAUGAUUCGAUCUGACUUCAACUGCAGGGUGUGUUGCAUUCAGGCGCUGUCCUACAUGAAGCCUCUGAGUCCACUCAGGUUUCGUGUUUGAAAAGUCUGAAAAGAUAAAACGAAGAAACGAAUCGAUUCUGCUUCUGUUUUCUUCUACAGCUGCGAUCUGAGGUCAGGUGGUACACAACUUUGUAUACUCACUAAAGUGUGACCUUUGACCCCUCACCUUCAGAGUCACCUGCCCAUUGACUUUAGGGGGCGGGGGCUGAGCCAAGGGUUGACACCAUGGCGAUGACCUCCUCCCUGAUUGUCAGAGAUUUGGACCUGUGUUUUUCAGGUCUGGGUCUGGUCCUGGUGGAGUUUGAAUAUGAGUACCAUGGUCGGGACGGGGUGCCGGUCUCCAUCAAACCCAACGAGCGAUACGUCCUGCUGGCAAAGACCAACGACCACUGGUGGCAGGUCCGGCGCGACUCCAGCUCCAAGCCCUUCUACAUCCCGGCCAAGUACGUCAAGGAGCUGCCGGCGGACUUCCCGUCCCCACUCGACUUCGAUCAUCCACCGAUUCUCGAUCCAGUGCUGGUUCCUGUGGCUGCGCCCGUCCCAGUACCUGUGCCCAUCCCCGUUCCAAAGACUCUGGAGGAGCCCAGUGGGAACAGAACCAAACCAGGAGAUGAAGUGACAAUUCGUCUCAGACCCGAUUCCUCUACCGGGUACCGUAAGACUGAGAACCGCAUGUCGACCUUUGGCGUCCCGCUGGACUUUCAUGACCUGCCGCAUCUGGUGCAGAGCAGCAACCCUCCAGCUGGUCCUGCAGAGAUCACAACAACCAGCAGCAGUCUGAGCAAAAACCACCUGCCGGACGGCCCGGAUGAACACAGGGACUCUGGGAAACCUCGAGUUCCCAAUUUCAGUCCAGCCGACCCCCUGUCCCCACCCCGGCCCCAGACCCAGGCCAUACCAGUGGAGACACCAGUGGUCCCUGUGGUCCCCUCCAAUAAUGACCUCCACAGCACAUCCUCAUUGCCGGAGAGUUGCCAUGUUGACCGGGAGUCCCCAAUAGAGUUGGAGGAGGAGGAAGAGGAAGAAGAGGAGGAGGAAGAGGAGGAGGAGGAAGAGGAAGAGGGCAGCAAAGAGGAGAAGGAUUUACUGAAGGAGCAAGAAUCAAGCCACAUUUACGAGUCCAUCCAGGACCUGAACCUGGACCUGGAGGCUCUGGUUGGAGGAAGAGCGAGUCCUGAUCCUGAACCUGAUCCUGAUCCUGAACCAGCUCCCGCCCCCACACAGGACCACAGCUCGCUCGGCCAUAACUUGCCCAUCUACGCCAACGUCUCAUCUGUGAAGAGAAGGUCUCUCCCUCACAUCUAUGUCUCCGACCACUUCCUCAUCCCACCACCUCCGACUGACCCCGCUCCCUCCACUCCUGACCACAUCCCACCUUCCUCAGUCUCCUCCUCUGACACGAUUAGCCCCGCCUCCCCCAUCAGCUCGGAUGAGUGGCAGGUUCAUACUGACCUCGACAGUGGGAGGGACUUCUACUACCAUCCUGUUACCAGGCAGACCACAUGGUCUGACCCCCGCUGCCCCACCCCCCCGCCUGCUGCAGACAUGGACCAGUCCAAGGGACGGGAGGGGGGACAGCUGCCCCCCCCCUCACCUCUGCUCUCCCCCUCCUCCUCCCAGGACUCUUGUGUUUGGGAGCAGCUGUUGGACAAAGUCUCUGGGAGAUUUUACUACUUCAACCUGACAACACGAGUCACAUCCUGGACACCACCAGAGCCCUCGUCCCCCUUGUCCCCCUCGUCCCCCCUCUGGUCUCCAACCAACAGGAAGCAUGACGACGUCCCGCCUCCACUGCCAGAGGAAGAUUAUCCUGUCGACACAACGAACAACAGCAACGACACUGUCUUUACAACAAAUCCUCAGCAGCCUGUGGCUCUAAUUCCCAGAGCUCAGCUGGACCUGAAAGAUGGAAACAACUUCCCAUGGAGGCUGCAGGAGAUUCCACAUUUACCCCAAAGGCUGGUGGGAAAUGGAGUCGGUAAUGAUGGGCGUAGUCUGCAGGUCAGGAGCUGGAGACACAGUGUGGCCGAAGACACGUUUGCUCCUGGACACAGGAGGAACGUGUCUGACCUCACGGAGGCGUCCGACAAAAGACUGUCCCCCGACAGUGUACAGUUCUCUGAUAGGAACAGACUGAAGAGGAAUCUGUCCAAUCGGAGCGCAGGCUCCGACCAGCUGCACUGCCACCUGCUGGAGAAGGCAGGAAUCAUCAAUAAGACCAAAGUAGUCGAUCACAGCAAAAAGAUCAGGAAGAACUGGAGUCAGUCCUGGACCGUCCUCCACGGUGGGAUCCUCACCUUCCACAGAGACCCCAAGUCGGCUCAGACGGGGAACACGAGUAAAGCAUCACAGAUUGUUCCAGAGUUCACCGUGGAGCUGAGAGGGGCUUCGGUCAACUGGGCCUCCAGAGACAAGUCCUCCAAGAAGAACGUUCUAGAGCUGAAGACUCGUCAUGGCUGCGAGUUCCUGAUGCAGUACGACACCGAGAGCAUCAUCAGCGACUGGCUCAAAGUGAUGCAGGACACCAUCAGACAGCUGGACCACGAGCACCUGACGGAGGACGAGGACGAGGCGGCGUCGGACCGAGAGGACAAAGACCGGCAGAGGACGACGAGCAGAAACUCGUCAGGAGGAGUUGACUCUGAGCAGCGACGAGUUCGCACCAAACUGAGACGCUUCCUCCAGCGACGGCCGACGCUGCAGAGCGUCAAGGAGAAGGGCUACAUCCGAGACAACGUGUUUGGAUGUCACCUCGACACACUGUGUCACAGAGAAAACACGACCUGCCCCAUGUUCCUUCACAAGUGUAUCAGAGCAGUGGAGAGGAGAGGUCUGGAUGUGGACGGGAUCUACAGAGUCAGUGGGAACUUGGCUGUGAUCCAGAGACUUCGAUACAAAGCUGAUCACGAGGAGCAGUUGGACCUGGACGACGGACAGUGGCAGGAGAUCCAUGUGAUCACCGGAGCCCUGAAGCUUUUCCUGCGCGAGCUCCCAGAGCCGCUGUUUCCAUUCAGCUGCUUCGACAAGUUUAUCGCCGCCAUUCAAGUUCCGGACUACAGUCUGAGAGUCUCCUACAUGAGGGACCUGGUCCGGUCGCUGCCGCUGCCCAACCACGACACCAUGGAGCUGCUGUUCAAACACCUGCUCAGGGUGAUCGAGCACAAAGACUCGAACAGGAUGUCGGUUCAGAGCGUCGCCAUUGUGUUUGGACCCACGUUGCUCCGCCCCCAGACCGAGUCGCACAAUAUGACGAUCCACAUGGUUUUCCAGAGCCAGAUUGUGGAGCUCAUGCUCAAUGAGUUCCAGAGUGUCUUCUCCCAGAGCUAGGAGGAACCUCCUGGAACCUCCUCCAGGAACCACCAGAGAACCUUUGAGGGGCUCCUGGUCCCAGAGCACCAGAAUCUUCUGAAGUGUCAGAGAACCUUCGGUAACUUUGACCUAAACAUCAGCUCUUCUCAAACAGAAGUUCAUGGGGAUUGAACGUGGAAACUGUUGGUUACAUGAUGGCCUUUCUAACCACUGUUCCUAAAACAGUUCCUAAAGGAACCUGAGUGGAACCUGAGUGGAACCUGAGUGGAACCUGAGUGGAACCUCCUUGAACCCUGGACCGGUUCUGAAAUCUUUGACAGCAGCUUCACUCUUUUAACGAGGACCAAAGCAGACCAAAUGAAAAAACCUUAAAAAACUAAAACAAAUCAUCUCACUGUUCACAAGAACUCAACUCAAGUCUCAGAUCCUUCUAGAACCUUGUUGAUCUUUGGACAUUAACAUCAUCUCCUUUUUAAAAAUAAUUGUUGGACAUUCGGGUUCAGUCUGGUUUGAGCAAGAACUCGCCAACAAAAGGUCCAGAUUUGUCCAGAACCUUGUAGAACUCAGCACCCAAACAUCAUCUCCUCUUGACUCUUCUUGAAAUUGUGGCUUUACAACUUCAAGAAUUAAACAUAACAUCCGAUCAAACCACUGUACAUUACAAGAACAAACUCAAGUUUUGGAUCCGUCUGGGGUUUGAACCUGAGACCUCCUGACUACACGAUGCCCUUCUCUAACCACUCUGUCCUAAAUGGUCCGGUAGAACUUGAGUGGAACCGUCUGGUGUCUAGACUGAUCCUGAAACCUUUACCAGUCUGAACAAACCGAACAAUUAAUAAAAACAAACUACAUAAAUUUCUUACUUUGAGAGAACUGAUGCAACAAGUUCACGACUUGCCAAGAACUUCGUAAAACAUGGAACCCAUACAACAUCUGAGGACAUUUAGUAACUUAGGUUUGAACCAGAAUCUGAUGAACAUAACGCUCUCAAAAGAACAAAGGUCACACGGAACCUUAAAGAACUCUAGACCCAAACAUGCCUUCUUCCUCCUUCUUUAAAAGUGAUGUGGGCAGUUAAGUUUAAAGGAGAAGAACCUGGAGCCUACGAGAGUCAGAACACAAACUGUCAAACACUCAAAAUGUCUUGAGAACCAUGAAGUCUGGACUUCUGUUCCCGUCUCUCUCCAGGGAUUUUAUGUUUUUAAAGACAUGAAUGUUUCAGGUAUUUUUUUCUUCCAAAAGUUCUUAUUAACGGAACUCAUCCACAAAGAAAACUAAAACAAAUCUCACGUCAAACGGGAUUGACACACUUUACUCAGAAGGGUCACUUGAUUUGAAGAGACGAGGCUCAGUUCACGGUCUCGUGUGCUCGUUGCCACAAGAGGAAUUCAGACGUGAAUUGUUUUUAACAUUCCCCUCAUCUUUAGUGAUGAUUCGUCUGUCUGCAGUUGGUGGAAGAACCCCUGAAGGAACGUUGUGCAUGAGUAGACCAGCACAGAAUCCACAAUCUCUGAAGUGACUCACUCAUUACAGUAGUCUUAAGAUUUUAUAUCACUGGGGACAGUUAAAAUAUUUUAAACCCAAAAAUGAUUGAUUCCUAAAAAGCAACAAAGCGUUUAAAUAAUGCCGGAAACAAUAAUCAAAUCACCAAGGAACAAAAUGAAUAUUUCAUCGCCACUGACUCUGGUAAUCACAGUAAAGUGUUUCUUUACAGGAGAGCGUCAUCGUAAAAACACUGGAUCAAAGUUUUACUCUGGAUAUGAUGUCGGAUCAGUUAUUGACAGUGUGGAAAUAACAGUGUCAUCACUUCGUCACAGGAUGGAGAUGGUAUGAUAUCACAGUUCAAACUGCUUCUUGACCUUGUGCUAAGCUAAGCUAGAUGCAUCCUGGAUCUAUAUAUAUACAGGACACACACUGAUGAAAGUGACGUCCAUCUUCUUACCGGGAAGAUUGACGCCACGUUUAAGUGUUUCUGUAAAUCUAAAUGCGGGUUGUUGGAAUCUGAGAGGACCCAGGACAUUUCCCUGAGGGACUCCAGCAGUUAUUAAACAGAAAACAUGAGGUUUUACUGGAAUGUUCAAGUGUUUCUUUGAGGAUGAAUGUUGUGUUCUGGUGUGACGUCACCAUCAUCUGCACGACGCUGUAGUUUAAAGCUUAUAUGUUUUACUGACAGAACAACUGAGAUGAACAGAUUCUACUCUGUACAUUAGAGGGUAUUUUACUGACUUUUAAUAAAAAUGAAACUGAUCAGUGCAA